AUGGGCAGGGGAGAACAUCACGCGGCGAGCGGGGAGGAGACGACAACGAGGGGGAACUCACAAAUCCGAACCGAGCCGCAGGGAGACGAGACCCCGGCACAAGGGGGUGCUGGCGCUGAGUUCCGCGAGGGGCGGGAACAUGAAAAGGGAGCCCGCGAGGGCCAGGAGGAGCAGACGCUGCCACAUCCAGCCGAGGUGGGUAUGAAUACGCAAACGGCGCAACAGGAGUUGGCCCCGACGAGGGCGGUGCAUGAGGCGGAGGAUGCGGUUGAGGCAGCGGCAACGCCGAGCCUGGCCCUGGUGCCGACGACGGGGCAUGUGUCUGUCCACCGACAGGAGGUGCAGGAUCGGGCUGAGGAGGCGGAGGGACGGAGGCAGAGGGACACGUCCGCGGAGGCAACGCCGACUCCGGCGCUGGAGGGGUCGGCCGCGACGGAGGGAUUGGCGGCGCAGACUGCGCUGGCGCCGCCGGCACACAGGGGAGAGACGACGCGGACUCUGACUGGGGCGGAGGGAGUUGCAACGGCUGGGACUACGCGGCAGGAGCUUGAAGCUGGGGUCGAAGACGAGCCGUGCCAGAGGGUGGCGGGCGAGGGGGACGGCGACGACGGAAAGAAUGGCCGCGCGCACGGAGAAACGGAUGAGUGCGCCCGCGAGGGGAGCGUUACACAUGCUCCCUCGGUCGUGCAGGCGUGCUCGGUGGCGCAGAAGGCGCGGCGCCAACACCCGCAGUCAGGCAGUCCGCGACGGCUCGGAACAGGGCUGGCACCUGCCCGCCCUGGGCCGCUGGUAGGGUGGGCACAGCAGGAGAUCCCGCCGCCACGAUCACAUCACGCCGAGGUGGCCGGCGCCGGCCCGUCAUCAGGUACGGGGGACGAGGCGGGACGGCCCCACGAAACAGCUGAACGGGUGGAGGCCGAGGCGGAAGACGGGGCGGCGGCCGUAGAGGAGGAGCAAGUGACCGCGAUCGACCAGCGAGGGGGAACACCGCGGCAGAGGCUGCUGCGAGAACGCGCGGCUGAGGCGGCGGCGGGAAACCCGCCAGCAGGAGCACGGGGACGAGCGCCGGGGGCGCCGAGGGGACGCGGCGGACGGGGUGCGCGCGGAAGGGCAGGGCGAGGAGGCCUUGCGGCAGCUGUGGCUAGAGAAAAAGCCAGAUCUGGGCCUUGGCGGGAAAGGCACGAGAGGCCGGAGCGACAGCAGGGGGGAGAUCCAAUGAAUGAUUGCGAGGAUGAUGGGGACGAGGAAUAUAUGGAGGAGGAACAGGGGGAUUCGGAGGACGUGUCACUGGAGGAUGAGCAAGGUAUCCCAGCAGGAGGGGCAAAUCGAGGAGCAAGGGGUGAGGGAAACCAUGCUGACGCCAACGAGGGUGAGUCACGUGGCGUCCAACCCAGUGAGACGGCCAGCAAGGCAAGAUCGCCAGCAGACAUCACCGAUGACUCAGACGCCUGGCGCCAGGUGGAAGGGUGGGAACUGGGGCCACUGUGUUGCAGCGCCCAACCCUUUCUGUUCCAGAAGCUUCCCCCCAAGAUCCUGGGAGUCUACGCCUACUGCAUGAUGAUCCCCCUGCAGCGACUCGCGAAGGUUCCAGGCUGCGCGGACACCAACCAGACCCUGAAGGCAUGUGUGCCAGAGCGGAGGGCCUAG